GUUUAUAAAGCCUGCUCAACAAAUGAAACAAGCUAUAUAUUCUAAGAUAAAUUCCAAGAGUAGGCUGCAUGUGUGGUGUUAUUGUUUCAGAGCAAUGGCAUUUGGAACAAGUGAAAUCAACAAAAUGGACCAGUCAAUUGAGCCUUCAAAAGUAAGUUCUCCUGCAGCAGAGGGGAAUAAGCUGGGAACUGGUGACACUUUGGAGGACCAGAUAACAACACCAGAAGAGAAGAUGAAAAAUACUAGAAACAAGCGUACAAUCCAUGAUGAACAAAAAGCCAGCAGUACAAUAAACAUUGAUAACUCCAGGAUACCUAGAACAAAUUCUAUCUCACAUGAAGAUGGAUCAUCCUGUCAUCUCUUAUCUGGAGUUGUAGCGAAUCUCAAACUGCCUACAGAAGAGAAUGGAAUGUCGGCAGGCAUGGCCAAUAACUGUAAACUUGCGCCUUCGACCAUUUUGUCUGCUAAUUACAUAACCAAUUGUGUUGCCCAAAGACAACAUUAUUCAAUGACAAACGAUGAAACCCUGACGCCAUUGCAAGAUUUGGCAACAUCUGAUCCAGGAAGUAGGUUUUGUAAGAACUAUCCCGAAAUGGAGAAAAAUUGUGGCAAUAUUUUCUCUACAAAUCUUCUUAACAUGACAGAAGGAUCAGGAGUCACAGAAAACAAAUUUAAAGGAAAGGGUACUCAUGCAGUUGGAGCAUCUGUUGCUGCAUAUUGUGUAGCUGAAGCUUUUAAUGGAGAAAGCAGUAAUGAUAUGAAAAAUCAAGGAAGGAUUAUCUCGGCAACAGUAGAUGUCAAUCCAGGAGCAGAAAAAGAUGAAAGUUUACCUUCAACAAAACCAACUACGAGAUGCAGCUCUACUAAAGAUAAAAGUAAAUCUGGAAGUGUACCACCAAAAAAGUUGAGGAAAUGUGAGGCAUCUGUUCUUACUGGACCUAAUUCAAACAACAAGCCUUCAGAUAUUACAGGUGAAACCGAUGAUGAUCACAAAGAAUUGUUAGUGGCUGCUGGUUCAGUUCAUAGUAUACGCGAAAAUGCCUGCUCUUUUCCAUUUUGGAAGACAAUGGAGAGCUUUUUUGCUCCUGUCACUUCUCAGGACAUAUUUUUCCUCAAACAAGAACUGAAUUUUGUUGAGAACCUGACUCAGUCUCAGAUAUUUGGUGAUGAAUAUGAUAGACCGGGUGGCAUUAGUAGUUCUCCUCGAAGGGAAGUCAGUAAUUCAGAUCAACAAUCAAUAACAUCAACUGCUUUUGGUAGAUCAAAUAAGCCAUCAAAUAUUGUUCCUCCAUUGCUUCAAAGAGUCCUCUCAGCGUUCGUUAAUGAAGAUGGAGGUUCUGAUCCCCAUUGCUGUGAGAGAGUGGAAUUUGAACUUCAGCCAGAGUUAGAUAUGCAAGCUCAGAAGUAUUCUUCUGUGUACGGAUUAUGUUCUAAUAAAAGUGCUUCAACGUAUAGCACAGGAAGUAUGCUGUCUCCCAAUGACAAACUAUCUCUGGAACCGUGGAGCAUUGGUUUAAAUGCGCCUCUUCUAGACAGUAGAGAAGGAUGGAUUGAUCGAGAAAUUAAGCGACUUAGAGGGGAGCUGUGGCAAAAGGUUUCAAUGGUGAAGAAUAACUUGAGGAAAAUUGGAAAAGCUAUUAAAUGUGAGCAAGACUUGGAGAAAAGGAAUCUUGAAGAAUCUGCUAUGGAUCAGCUGGUUGAAAUGGCCUACAAGAGGAUGUUCCAGGGUGGUUGGCGAAGCAAGUCUUCAAGGAUUCGUAAAGUCUCUGAACGAGCUGCUUUGCCCUUUGUCAAACGCACUCUUGCUAGGUGCAAGCAAUUUGAAGACUCAGGCAAGAGUAUCUUCGGUCAGCAUGAUCUACUGAGCAGUAUCUUAUAUAAACCUUCAACUGAGAAAGAUCCAAGGCCUAUUGAAUGUGAUGGCUCUAUGAUACUUGAUAACAAAUGUAAACGAGCUCAUGGCAAAGCAAAGCGCAAAUGUUCAGAGAUUGGUCCUGCGUUGGGUGCAAUUCAGAGGCUUGACUCUCAGAAUAAUAACAUGCAGAGAGGUUCUUCUGGGUUACAGGAGACUUCAACUCCAUUAGACCCUGUAAAAAUCCUUGGUGAGACUGAAGAUCUUAGUUCUUUGUUGAAAUUUGAUGAAGAAGGCUUGUUAGAUGGUGACCGUAUAGGACUUGACGUGCCAAUUCAGAAGUGGAGAUGUUUCUGUAAUGUUCUGCUUGUGAAGUGGCUGAGUUCUACUUUCCUCAGCAUGAAGAUUAUUCCUUCUCUUUUCUUCUGCAGAGCAAUUCCUGAUUGAUACAGAUUUUAGGGUCUUCUUACUUCUUGGGGUUAGAAUUUUUAAAUUCCUGGUUAAGUCUGGUUUGCGGUAUUGGAAUGUUAUUCUGACUGUUUGAA